AUGCCGAGGUACACGGUGCACGUGCGUGGGGAAUGGCUGGCGGUGCCCUGCAGGGACGGGAAGCUCACGGUAGGCUGGCUGGGCCGCGAGGCCGUGCGGCGCUACAUGAAGAACAAACCGGACAACGGUGGCUUCGCCUCGGUGGACGAAGUGCGCUUCCUCGUGCGCCGGUGCAAGGGCCUGGGCCUGCUGGAUAACGAGGACCUGCUGGAGGUGGCCUUGGAGGACAAUGAGUUCGUCGAAGUGGUCAUCGAAGGCGAUGUAAUGUCUCCUGACUUCAUUCCCUCACAGCCGGAAGGAGUUUUCCUAUACAGCAAAUAUCGGGAGCCUGAAAAGUACAUUGCCUUAGAUGGGGACAGUCUGAGCACGGAGGAUCUGGUCAACUUGGGAAAGGGACGUUACAAGAUAAAGCUCACUUCAACUGCUGAGAAGAAAGUGCAGCAGUCGAGAGAAGUCAUAGACAGCAUCAUAAAAGAAAAAACAGUUGUUUACGGCAUCACCACAGGCUUUGGGAAAUUUGCCAGAACGGUAAUCCCCAUCCAUAAGCUACAGGAGCUCCAGGUCAACUUAGUUCGUUCCCAUUCUUCAGGUGUCGGGAAACCACUCAGCCCCGAGAGGUGCCGGAUGCUCUUGGCUUUGAGGAUCAAUGUUCUAGCCAAAGGAUACAGCGGGAUCUCCUUGGAGACCCUGAAGCAAGUUAUUGAAGUAUUUAAUGCCUCCUGCCUAUCCUACGUUCCAGAGAAAGGAACUGUUGGUGCCAGUGGAGACCUUGCGCCCCUCUCUCAUCUUGCUCUGGGACUCAUUGGCGAAGGAAAGAUGUGGUCCCCAAAGAGUGGCUGGGCUGACGCUAAAUAUGUCCUAGAAGCCCAUGGGUUGAAACCAGUUGUUCUGAAACCAAAAGAGGGCCUGGCACUCAUUAAUGGGACACAGAUGAUCACUUCCCUGGGCUGUGAAGCUGUGGAGCGGGCCAUCGCCAUCACCCGGCAGGCUGACAUUGUGGCUGCCUUAACCCUUGAGGUGCUGAAGGGCACCACCAAAGCCUUCGAUACUGACAUUCAUGCUGUCCGCCCUCACCGAGGGCAAAUUGAAGUUGCUUUCCGGUUCCGGUCACUCUUGGACUCAGACCACCACCCAUCAGAAAUUGCAGAAAGCCACAGGUUCUGUGACCGUGUCCAAGACGCGUACACCUUACGCUGCUGUCCACAGGUCCACGGUGUGGUGAAUGACACCAUAGCGUUUGUGAAGGACAUCAUCACUACAGAGCUCAACAGUGCCACAGACAACCCUAUGGUUUUUGCCAGUCGAGGAGAGACAAUUUCAGGAGGAAACUUCCAUGGUGAAUACCCAGCCAAAGCCCUGGACUAUUUGGCCAUUGGCAUCCAUGAACUUGCGGCAAUCAGUGAAAGAAGAAUCGAAAGGCUGUGUAACCCCUCCCUCAGUGAGCUGCCUGCCUUCCUGGUGGCUGAAGGAGGUCUGAACUCGGGAUUCAUGAUAGCCCACUGCACGGCAGCAGCCCUGGUUUCUGAGAACAAGGCUCUCUGUCAUCCUUCAUCUGUGGACUCACUCUCGACCAGCGCCGCCACGGAGGACCACGUCUCCAUGGGAGGAUGGGCAGCUAGGAAGGCCCUCAGGGUCGUCGAGCAUGUAGAACAAGACCUUUCCUCUCAGCCAGGACGCCGUACCACACCCAACAAAAUUAAAGAGCUGAGCCCUGGUAUCAUCAGCACCAAAUAA